CGUCCGCAUCCUCUCUCCUCUCUUUUGAACGAAAACAACCAAAAACGCACAAAACACCACACAACACAAAUAUGACGCCCUCCGCCGAAUCCGCGCCUCCGCCCCCCUCGACGACCACCCCGGCGGCGCCUCCAGCGCACGACCCAACCCACGAAGAACACCAAUACCUGAACCUAAUCCGGACGAUCCUAGCACGAGGCGAGCACCGACCAGACCGCACCGGCACGGGGACACGAUCGAUCUUCGCGCCCCCGCAGAUGCGCUUCAGCCUCCACAAACCCUCCACCUCCACCUCGUCGCCAGACAACGAAACCUACACGCCGAUCCUGCCCCUCCUGACAACCAAGCGAGUAUUCCUGCGAGCCGUACUAGCGGAACUGCUGUGGUUUAUCUCAGGCACGACCUCGUCACUGCCGCUGUCGGCAGCGGGGAUCAAGAUCUGGGACGGCAACGGCAGCCGCGAGUUCCUAGACCAGGUCGGACUGGGCCACCGGGCGGUGGGCGACCUGGGCCCCGUGUAUGGGUUCCAGUGGCGGCACUUCGGGGCGGAGUACGUCGACGCCGAGACCGAUUACACGGGCCAGGGUGUGGAUCAGCUCGCGGAGGUGGUGCGCAAGCUGCGCGAGACGCCCUUCGAUCGUCGUAUUAUCCUCUCUGCGUGGAAUCCCGCCGAUCUGAAGAAGAUGGCCCUCCCGCCUUGUCAUAUGUUUGCGCAGUUCUAUGUUAGUUAUCCUGAUGGGAUUCCCGGGGUGGAUGUGGAAGGGAAGAAGGAGAAGCAGAAGAAGGGCCAUCUGCAUUGUUUGCUCUAUCAGCGCUCCGCCGAUAUGGGCCUCGGUGUGCCCUUCAAUAUCGCCAGCUACGCCCUCCUCACUCAUAUGCUGGCCCAUGCCGUCGAUAUGGUGCCCGGUAGCUUGACCCAUACACUCGGCGAUGCCCAUGUGUAUCUGGAUCAUGUUGAGGCGUUGCACGAGCAGCUGCUCCGUGAGCCGACCGCGUUUCCGGAGUUGAGGAUCAAGAGAGACGAUCGUGGAUCCGGGGUGAUUGACAGGUGGGCGGAGGAGGAGUUCGAGGUGCUGGGGUACCAGCCGCACAAGGCGAUUAAGAUGAAGAUGAGUGUUUAGCGGUGUGCAUGGGAG